UAUAGGACGGCAUUGCUCAGUCCGUGCCUUGGUGUUUUUCUGGGAGGAGUGGGACAACAGCCGUACACGGAAAGAAAACAGCAAUAAGCAGAAACUAAAGGGUACAAACCUGGCUGUGUGGGCCGUGGACGGAACCAGAUAGAUCAAGUCCCUCGGGAAUAUCUUUCCUGGACCGUCUUUUCGGUGACCGUGUUGGCUCUCACUUUUAAUUACCGAGCAGUAGCCUAUAACGUUACGGGGACUCAUGGAUAAAAGGAGAGCAGGCGGAGACGACGACAUCAAAGGGGCUCCCGGGUCAUUAGAUAUAGCUAUAGCACCGUUCAGACCAAUAUUUAACACGCAAGAGCAGAACAGCCUCUUAAAAACGGAACGAGCUUAGUAACGAGCCAGUUUUGGUAAUUGUCUGCAGCCUUUCUGGCGUCUUUUUUAGGGGAAGAAAAGACGUAGUACGCGCGUCAGGCUACUCCAUUAAAAAAAAAAAAAAACAGUAUCUUACUAAAGGGUGAUAUUUUGUGAGGCGUACCCUCCCAUGCCAAAGAAGAACCACAGUUUCCAGAGCACUAGUUUUGUAGCGUUUUCUCGUUUUCUUCAGAUAAGUAGCCUAAAUGCUAAGGUUGCUGCACUUCUGUCUCUUUUCCUUUGUUACUCAGACCAAGACAAGCAGGCAGCUCCGGCGGAGCCAACACUUCUCUCAGUUUUGAGCCCUAGCCACAUUGUAGAGAUGGAGGACCAGGCCCGCAUGAUGUUGGGUCAUAUUGGACUAACUGGACUGUCUCAUGAGGAUGUGGGUGAUCCUGACAACAUAAGGAAACAUCACAACCUCGGUCAGCCGCAGCAGCAGGACAUUGGUGACAUCCUCCAGCAGAUCAUGGUCAUCACAGAUGAGAGUCUGGAUGAGGCCCAGGCCAGGAAGCACGCUUUGAACUGCCACAGAAUGAAGCCCGCCCUCUUCAGUGUCCUGUGUGAGAUCAAAGAAAGGACAGCCCUGAGCAUCCGAGGAGUCCAAGAAGAAGACAGCCCGGACCCUCAAUUCCUGCGACUGGACAACAUGCUGUUAGCGGAGGGGGUUGCGGGUCCAGAGAGGAGCGGGGCCUCUGCAGCGGCGGCAGUGGUUGCCGCGGCUGCUGGAGGGUCACCUAGUGAGGGGAACGUGGAACACAGCGAGUACAAAGAGAAGCUCGCUCAGAUACGACGGAUGUACCACGCUGAGCUGGAGAAAUACCAACAGGCAUGCAAUGAAUUCACCGACCACGUGAUGAACCUGCUGAGGGAACAGUCCCGUACACGGCCCAUCUCGCCCAAAGAGAUUGAGCGAAUGGUGGGAAUCAUCCACCGCAAGUUCAGCACUAUCCAGAUGCAACUAAAGCAGAGCACAUGUGAAGCUGUCAUGAUCCUACGCUCCAGGUUCCUGGAUGCCAGGCGGAAACGAAGAAACUUCAGCAAGCAGGCGGCCGAAAUUUUGAAUACUUAUUUUUACUCCCAUCUGGCAAACCCAUACCCCAGUGAGGAGGCCAAGGAGGACCUGGCCAGGAAGUGUUCUAUCACCGUUUCUCAGGUGGCCAACUGGUUUGGAAACAAGAGGAUUCGGUAUAAGAGGAACGUUGCAAAGUUGCAGGAGGAAGCUAACCGGUACGCUGUGAAGACAGCUGUGGACGCUGCCAGUGUAUCUUCACAGGCAAGCCAAGCCAACUCCCCAGCCACACCAAACUCAGGAGGAUACCCAGCUCCGUGUUACACUCCUGACGGGAGGUUAUGAGGAACUGCCUUCCCUCCUCUCUGUGUCCAUGGUGAUGACGGCUGGCAGGACAGCAGCGAUUCCUCCUCCCCCGCCCCCCCUCCCACCCCGCCAGAGCAACAGGAAGCAAGCACUACGUAACCUCCAGAUGAUGCUCCACCUUCCAAUCCUGCUCCUCCGACUAAUACAACCCAGACUGUAGACCUCCAGCCAAACAGAGCAUUACCAAAACUCUGCAACUUUCUUUUGUUUUGCUUUGUGAUGCUGAUCCUUUCUAACAUCUCUCCCACACGUUCUUUUUAACCCCUCCAUUUUACGAAUGUGUUGACAACUAUUUCUUUCUUUUUUUCUUUCUUUUUACUAUUAUACUCACACCAUUUUUCUUUAUUUUUGUUUUUUAAAAGAUAAAUAAAUGACGGAAAGAACCUUUUUUAAUGUACUGCUUCACCUACAGUGAAUCAUGUAUCACUGUAUAAAGGUUUAGGGCCUGUAUGUGGCCUUGAAUCUGAUUCAUCAUUUUAUUUCAAAGAAUUAAAAAAAGAAGAAAAAAAUUACAAAAAUAAAGCAUGUAGUCAUUUUUAGAUGUUAAAAUACAAUUUUAUUAUGUAUUUUUUCUUUUAACUUUAAAUAAUGACCAAAAAUGAAUAAAAAAACAUUGUCACUUAUUAAAUUUUUCUUUGCUUCAGACAA